AUGGAGAAAGCGAGUAUCAAUGGCUCGAAUAAUGGAAAAAAGAGGACUCCCAUGGUUAGGAAACAGUCUUCACCUAUGAUGCCACCGUUUAUGGUAUCAGCUCCAGGAAAGGUUAUUGUCUUUGGAGAACAUGCGGUCGUACAUGGGAAGCCUGCCAUUGCUGCCGCGAUUUCACUUCGAUCAUACCUUCUCGUCACUGCGCUUUCAAAAUCGAAGCGAACAAUCUCUCUUCGUUUUCCCGAUAUCAAUCUCUCCCACACAUGGAAUAUCGAUGAUCUGCCAUGGAGCACCUUCUCCCAUCCGUCGAAGAAGAAGUAUUAUUACGACCAGGUCACAUCUUUAGAUCCAGAACUGGUUGCAGCUAUGAAACCACAUUUAGAAAACAUUUCCCCUGAUGAAUCACCUUCCAUACGAAAGAUACACCAGAGCUCUGCUUCUUCAUUCUUAUACAUAUUUCUGUCUCUUGGCUCACAAUCGUUCCCCGGGUGCUUAUAUACAUUACGCUCAACAAUUCCAAUUGGCGCAGGACUUGGUAGCAGUGCUUCAAUAUCUGUCUGUCUUUCUUCCGCACUCUUGUUACAGAUUCGCACAUUAUCCGGACCGCAUCCAGAUCAACCCUCUAACGAGGCAAGCUUACAACUCGAGAGAAUUAAUCGCUGGGCAUUUGUGGGAGAAAUGUGUAUUCAUGGGAAUCCAUCCGGAGUGGACAAUACAGUUUCAACGCAAGGAAAGGCGGUUAUCUAUCAAAAAUUUCCCGAAGGGCCUACCGUGAAACCAUUGAGGGAUUUCCCCGAACUACCUCUACUUCUCGUAGAUACACAACAAGCAAAAUCUACAGCACAUGAGGUUGCUAAAGUGGGUUUGUUGAAGGAGAAGCAUCCAGCGAUCGUAGAUUCGAUAUUAGACGCCAUUGAUAUGGUUGGUCAAUCAGCGGCAGCUAUGAUUUCAGAUCCAAACUAUGAUAGCGAAAAUAUCGAGUGUGUUGAGAGCUUGGGAAAAUUAAUGACAAUAAAUCAUGGACUUCUUGUUUCUCUAGGAGUGUCCCAUCCUCGACUAGAACGUAUCCGGGAGCUAGUGGAUCAUGAAGGAAUCGGCUGGACCAAGCUUACUGGUGCUGGAGGAGGAGGAUGCUCCAUUACAUUAUUGAAGCCAGACACCACACCAGAGAGAAUGGCACGCUUAGAGGCAACAUUGGAGAACGAGGGUUACAAGAAAUUCGAAACUACACUGGGCUGUGAUGGCGUUGGUGUUCUAUGGCCCGCUGUAAUUAGAAAUGGGGAGGAUGAUGAUUUCGGAGGAGAUGAAAUCGACCAAGAAAAGUUUCUCAACGCUGAUGGCAUAGAAGGAGUUGAGGAACUGGUUGGAGUUCACGGACAAAGUGGUGAUAGGGAAGCUUGGAAGUUUUGGAGGGUGGAAGAUUAG